AUGAGUAUGAUUGACGAUAUUGAAUGGAGCGGCGCACGCAUUGCUGAAGCGAAAGGUAUUGAGCAAGCUGAAGACACCGACGAAAUCGCUCCAACAGCUGAAGAAUUAACUACAUUGAAACGCAUUUGUGAUCAUAUACCGUUUAUGGCUCGGCUGAUUCUUGUUUGUGAAUUUUGUGAACGUUUCGCCUUCAUAGGGCUAUCUGGUGUCUUUCAGAAUUAUAUUCAAUUUCCAGUACCUGGUCCAAAUGAUAAACAGUCGGGUGCCCUUGGUCGUGGACAACGCACUGCUACCUUAUUGACAACGUUUUUUGGGUUUUUAUGUUAUCUGACGCCCAUCGUUGGUGCAAUUCUAGCCGAUCAAUUCUGA